AUGCGGGCACAGCUCAGGAGGAUACCAGAAUGGUUUGAGUAUUUUGCAGCACUGGCAAGGACGUCGGAGGGCUCAGUGCCACCGUUUUCAGGUGAUUAUGUCAACUACACACAGCGCCUCCCACUCGGGACUAUCACGCCUUGGAACCAUCCGUUGCUCAUUGCUGUCAAGAAAUUGGCACCCGCGUUGGCUGCGGGGAAUUCUGUCGUGGUCAAGCCGUCAGAACUAGCGCCACUCACUGUUUUGCAGCUCGCUGAGCUGUGUCAUGACGCAGGAAUUCCAGCGGGUGUCUUCAACUGUGUUCCUGGACUUGGCGCAGUUGCUGGCCGCGCUCUUGCUGAGCACCCGGCGAUCAAGAAAAUUGAUUUCACAGGCGGAACUGCGACAGGGAGGGCUGUCGCUGCAGCGGCAGGUGGAAACCUUGCUAGCACGACGAUGGAGUUAGGUGGGAAAGCUCCGAUUGUAGUUUUUGACGACGUGGAUGUGGACGAAGUAGUCAAUGGAGCUGCAUUUGCCUGCUUUAUUGCAAGCGGUCAAACGUGCGUCACCGGUGCCCGCUUGAUCGUUCACGAAAAGAUCUUUGAUGAGCUGGUGGAGAAGCUGGUUGCAAAAGUUCGCUCGAUCCGAUUAGGGGACCCUAUGGACGACCGAACGCAGAUGGGUACUAUCAUUUCUGAGCCACACCUUUUACGUAUUCACGCAAUGGUGGAGCGUGCUAGACAAGAUGGUGCAACUGUUCGCUGUGGAGGACGCCGCGCUACCGAUCUAAAGGGAUAUUUUUACGAGCCCACUGUGAUCACGGAUGUUACCUCUGACAUGGAAAUCGUGCAGCAAGAAGUAUUCGGCCCUGUGGUUGCUGCUUAUUCCUUCACGGAUGAAGCCGAUGCUGUUAAGCAUGCAAAUGAUUCUCCGUUUGGACUUGGUGCUGCGAUUUGGACGAACAACAUCAAGCAGGCCCAUCGCGUGGCCAAUACUUUGAGCGCUGGAAUAAUUUGGCUGAACGAUCACCACCGAAACGAUCCGUCGAGUCCUUGGGGUGGUGUGAAAGAUAGCGGCAUGGGGAGAGAAAACGGACUGGAGGCGUAUCGCUCGUACUCUCAGAUCAAAAGUGUCAUCGUUGGUUUUGGCAACGAGAAGUUCGACUGGUUUGUCGACGACACGGUGCGGUACGGUUAAUCAGAGACCACUUAGCCAACUCAUCUGCGUUUCUUAAGCAGGAUGAGACCCUUUAUUCCAGUACUUAAAUUCAUUGAGCGGUUGACUCGAGUGGGUGCUUCUUCUGCUGCACGAUGCGGAAGAACGCCGCCACACUCUCCGAUGCCCUGCGACAACGAAUCGAUCACGUAUGCGUCAAUACACACGAUACCCAACAAA